AUGACGAUCAAAAUGGUUCGUAAAGACAAUAUAAAAGUACAAAAAGUGAUCGAAUUGAUAGAGAUGCACCUCAAUCUACUCUUCUUUUCAAUUCUCUCCUCUUUUCCUGUUUUCACAUUCUCCUACAACUAUCUGGUAUUCUGCCCAUUAUUCGCUCACAGUCAUCAUAAGUUCCUUGCUAAAAUCGCUGACACUCUAACAGAUGCAGGUCAUAAUGUAACUUUUCUUGCUCCAAUCAUAGUCAAAGAAUAUGAACACAUCAAAUAUUUGGAGACCACAAAGGAUAUUAUAUACAUUCAACCUGAUGAAAACUUGAAACAAAUUGGAGAUUCUGCAGAUUACGCAAGUUUCUGGAAGGAUGAUUUUGGAAUGUUUUCAAUGCUUCCAGCUAUUGAAAACAAUUCACGAGUAUCUGGGCAUCAAGACAAUAUUCCCAUCCUUCUCGAUGACUCAUAUGACGGAACUGAGCAAAUCAAUCGUGAACCAGUCUCUCCAAGUUUCUUACCCAUUUCCGUAUCACCUUUUGGGGAUCAAAUGACAUUCAAGGAACGCCUUCUAAAUACGCUUGGGGAUUUUACGUUUACUCACAUUUUCAAGCCGCCUGUCUUGAAAUCUCUCAAAUAUCCAUAUAAUGAUCUGGAUAUAAAUGAAAUUCAAUCAAAAGCCCCGUUUGUGUUUUUCAACUCCAAUCCAUUCCUCGAUUUCCCUCGUCCAACACUCACGAAAACCAUAGCCAUCGGUGGAAUUUCUGUGAAUGUGACUCAAAUGAGAUUAGAGAAACUGUCUUCUGAAUACGAUCAAAUUAUGAGUCAACGAAAGAAAAAUGUAUUGAUUUCUUUUGGGUCAAUGCUCCGAUCUUGUGAAAUGCCAGAUGAAUAUAAAAACAUGAUUAUACGUGUAGUGGAACAGCAUCCAGAAGCGACUUUCAUUUGGAAAUAUGAAUCCGAAGAUUUAGAUUUUGCAAAGAACGUAAAAAAUCUACAUUUCUCGAAAUGGGUUCCACAAACUGCGCUUCUUGCUGAUUCCCGCCUCUCCGCUUUCAUAACUCAUGCUGGAUUAGGAAGUGUCAACGAAUUGAGUUAUUUGGGAAAACCAGCAAUUCUUAUUCCAAUCUUCGCCGAUCAACUCAGAAACGCAAAAAUGUUAGCCAGACAUAAUGGAUCAAUAACUCUCGAGAGGAGAGAUUUGGGAAACUUUGAACGAUUGGAAAAGGCAGUGGAUAGUAUCCUCAAUGAUGAAAGCUAUCAAAAAUAUGCAAAUCGCCUGGCUCACCAGUUAGAAAGCCAACCAUUCUCCCCUCAUGAUCUCUUAGUGAAAUAUGCAGAAUAUGGUGCAAAGUUUGGAGAACUCCCGUCGUUGGAUCCAUAUUAUCGCAAGAUGUCGUUCUUCUCAUUUUAUAUGAUUGACAUUUUCUUAUUCUUAUUUUUCGUUCUAAUCUCCAUAGUUUCUGUCCUAACUUUUUCGAUCACACACUCAGGUCACAAUGUAACUUUCCUUGCUCCUAUCAUUGUUGAGGGAUACGAAAAUAUAAAAUAUUGGAAGCAUACGACGGAUAUAAUUUAUAUUCAACCUGAUGAAAAACUGAAGGAACUUGGAAAAGUGAUAAAAUCCGUUGAGUUUACAAAAUAUUGGACAGAAGAGCUUACUGUAUUCUCCAUGAUUUCAUCUAUCAAACUAUUCCAGAAAAUGUUUUUCAAAAUUUAUGAAAACUUCAAGAAGGACUUGCGAGUUUUGGAUAGUUUGAAAACUCGAAAAUUCGAUGCAAUAAUUUAUGAAGUUUUUGCCUUCAAUGCAAUUGGUACCAAGUGCUUUGUAAUGUCUAUAACUUUUGAAAAUUUCAGCAAUUCAGGAAUAUCUCGAUAUCAGAACAUUGUAUCCAGCCUUUUCCGUCACUCACAGCUCUUCACUGAGCAAUUCUAUUGGGGAGCCAUCUUCACCAGCUACACUGUCAGAAUUACAGGAUCUCUUUCUCCGUUUGGAGAUAAAAUGACGUUUGAAGAACGACUGAUGAAUACACUGUGCAGUUUUAUAUAUGGAGUUUUAUUGAGACCACCGACGAUGAGUUCAUACAAAUCUCCCUACCAUACCAUUGAUUUGAAUGAAGCAGAGUCUCGUGCACCAUUUGUCUUCUUAAAUUCCAAUCCAUAUCUCGAUUUCCCGCGUCCAACGCUUACAAAAACUGUCCAGAUUGGAGGGAUUACAGUGAACAGAACUCAAAUGAAACAAGAAAAAUUACCGUUGGAAUUUGAUAAAAUUCUGGAAAUUAGACAGAAAACGGUGUUAAUUUCAUUUGGGACAAUUAUGCUCUCCAAAGAUACGCCAGAAGACUACAAAAUCAACAUUCUCAAAGUGAUUGAAUCAUUUCCAAAUGUAACAUUUAUUUGGAAGUAUGAAUCUGACACAUUCGAAAAAGCCAAGAAUUUAAAAAAAUCUAUAUUUAUUCAAAUGGAUUCCUCAAAUUCGGAUUCUCGUCUUCACGUUUUCAUAACUCAUGCUGGAUUGGGAAGUGUGAAUGAACUGAGCUACAUGGGAAAACCAGCUCUUCUAGUUCCUUUAUACGCUGAUCAAUUGAGAAACGCCAAAAUGGAACGUCAUAAAGGAGCGGUUUUGAUAGAUAAAAAGGAUUUGGCAAACUUUGAAUCGCUGAGAAAUACUUUUGCAGACGUCUUGAACAAUCAAAGUUAUAAGAAAAAUGCUGAAUUACUAGCAAGACAACUGGAACUUCAACCGAUUACUCCUCAAGAACUACUAUUGAAACAUGCUACUUUUGGAGUUGAGUUUGGAGAGCUGCCUUCUUUGGACCCAUAUUCCCGUCAAAUGUCUUUUUUCACUUUCUUCAUGAUUGACGUUUACCUUUUCCUUUUCUGUUCUUUUGUUGUGUUAUUUUAUAUUCUGUUUGUAGUUGUACGUUUUCUAUUUUGUUGGGUGUUUAGACAACAAAAACUAAAGCAAAAGAACAUUUGA